GGAAGUUUUUUUCCUGUAAAUCUGGAAAGGGGUCAAUUAAGCAUAUUUCGGGGAUUUUCAUGAAUAUUUCCAUAGCACUGAAGCAUAGAUUAAUAUCCCAUUGUCGAAUAUGUAUGCUGAAACGUGUUUUUGGUAUCUGAAAGACUGUCAAGUGGACAGUGUAUUAUUGAAAGCGUAAAUUGUAAAUCUAAUGCGUGGAACCAUUUUUGUGAAACGUAAACAAAACAAAUAUGGCGUCCACGUCGGGACGACUGUCUGCCCAAGAUAGAAAGGAUUUAGAGAAGUUUACCAAUUUCUUCGUCCUUAAAAGUCUGCAGAUUAUUGUUCAGUCUAGACUCGGAGAAAAGAUUAAAACAAAAUCAAAACCUGUAUCAUCAGGAGCAGAUUGGUUUAAUCUUGCAAUAAAGGAUACUCCAGAGGUUCACAUUGAGGCCAAAAAAGUUAUUGCUGGUCAGCAGUCAAUGCUUGCACAAAAUGUGUGUACAGAAAUAUCAUUACGGACAACAGAAGGAGAGACAAUGGUCCUGGAAACAUGGUACACCGACUUCGAUUCAGAGGAAAUUGACUCAUCAGUAAAAGUGUCUUAUGGUGUUUACAAUCGUAUGGGCAUUGCGUUAAAAUCAUUGUUCGGCGUAUCUCGAGUUCCGCCUGCAUACAGACUAGCUCGUAAACAAAGCAUAAAUGGAAGCGAUUAUGUUAUUUGUUACAGAUUUUAUCUUGGUGAACCCCAGUUUUUCCAGCUCGGCGAUGGAUACCAAAAAUCCACCGUCGGGGUUGUGCCGACUCCAGUGGGGAAAAUAACCUUGAACUUAGCAUAUAGAACUAAAUUAUUAAUGUCUCCACAUAGGACGACACGUGAUCUACCAUUUGAAGUGAAAGACGACCAUUUUAAAAGUGAAUGCAGUCCUAGGAAACAGACAGAACCAAAACCUUGCAGUCUAGGUUUUAGAAGGGCUAGUAUAUCUGAUGAUUGUCGACUAGAUAGUCAAGAUUUAUGUUCAACCACAUUCUCUACAAGUCCUCCAGACUAUGCGUAUAUUACUGCUGCGAGUAGCUAUAAAACACCUGCUAUAAAUAUAGGUACAGGCACCAAACAACAGUUACCUCCCAUAGACCAAAGGCCACAAAGUGCACCAGAGAAAUCAAACAGUUUUACUACUUUACAUCGUGUAGGAGCCUUCGCCCAACCAAAGAGUUUAAAAGAUAUUCCACUUAAAGGUCUGGAAGAAAUUCCCUUUUUGAGCCUCUUGAACAACCAGACUGUGAAGACGGACACAACACCAGUGAAGGAUAAUCCAGAGACAUGCUCUAGUAGUGGAGAGAACAUGGAAACGGCCAAUAGUUCGACUGGUAGCGAGUUAAAUAAGAGUACCAGUAGUCAGACAUCAGCACCAGACGAUUUUGUUAUGGUGGAACUGAAAACGCCCUUUGCUGGAGUUGAUUCGAACAAUGAUUUAGGAAGAUUUUAUCGAGACUGUCAGGGGGCGCUAUCGCAAUCCAUGUUUGAAGAGGGGACUACUCUAAAUGAUACUUUAGAUCAAGUUACGACACAGCUGGCAAUGUUUGAGACCAAGAUGAAGGAUUUUGAUGAUUUUGUUGGAUCAUUUCAUGAACUUGAUCAAUAAUAUGAAUUCAUAUUAUUAGACUUGAUUUAAAACUAAAUAGAAUUCCACAGUCUUGCUUUGGCUUUGGUAUGAAUGAAAAGUCUUUUUUUAAAGACCAAAAUACCCCCCCCCCCCUUUGAUUCUCAGAGUAAGAUUUUAUGUAAUAUUACUUACGGUACAUGUAUUUAAAAAGUUUAUACAUAAGUAAAGGAUAAAAUGGGAUUCAUUUUACUGAAAGUGUCAAUUUAUGAAAAAUUCUGACACUGCAGUUUUAAUCUUCUGAACAAAAGACAGAUGAUUCAGACAUUAGGCCCACAGCUGUGUGUUUUUACAUUCAAUAUAAACUUACUGUUGGUUGAAACAAUGAAGCUAAGUCUUUUCUAAGUCAGCUUUGUAGAAAUGUCAUUAGAUGUGAUCAAUUCUAUGUUAGCCUUACAGAAGAGAAAUUCUAGUUCUCAGACUGUUCAGAAAAAAAGACAGAGGUUUUUAUUUGUUAAUGUUGUUAAAGUGGCUAAUUAAACAUAUCACAUUUCAUGGCUCUAUAUUGGUCUCGUAUCAUUUGUUUAUUCAUACAGGAAUGACUAAUUCUUGUGUUACAUAUUUGAACUUGACUCGUUACUACACAAGUUUAUUUACAAGUUCAAUUGUUGUCUUGGUCUACAGACAGCAGCUCAGAUUCUCUAGUUAUAUAAUGUGAAUGCUGAACCUUCCAUCUCUCAUCUCCAUUGUGUAUAAUUUCAGUCAUUAUCUCAGAAUCUGAGAACCAGUCUUUUUUUGUUAUAUGACCUUAUUUGCAUGGCUGUUGUAGAUUUAAGAAUACUUAAAGUACAGAGAGAUUGGUUCCUAAUGCCUGUGCUUAGUCAUUCUCAUUUAUCCAACAUAUUCCUAUGCUUAGUCAUUCUCAUUUAUCCAACAUGUUUGCUAUUAAUAAUGUGAAAAUGGCUACGGACAGAGUAUAUUGUUCUCCAAUUAAUUGAUACUAAUAAAGGGGAUUGAGAAUUAUAAUCAAUAAAAUAAACUUUUUAAAAACUACUUAAUAGAUGCCAGUGUUACAUAGGGAAAAAUAAUUAUGGUCUUAUGUACAGAAAUAAUGCAUCUAAAAUGUAAAAUGUGCCAUACUUUUAUUCCCACAUAUUAGAUGGGGUUGUUGUUUUCAGGGGUCAGUAUCAUGAAAAGUUAUACUUUAUGUGACAGUAUUAUAACUUUUCUAUGAAAUGAGAAACAAAACUGGCCCAAUAACCAAAAUUUUUGUCAUGUAUGUGCUUUGUACAUUAUUUUAUGUACAUUUAUAGCUGAUGUUACUUGAUGUUAACAUAAUGUUAUUACAGUUAUAUAUGUUUUAUUCUGCUGCAUCAUGGUGAAAAAUAUAAUAUCCGAUACCUUAAUUAAACUGUGGUCAACUCUUACUAUGUUAUUUAAUAUUUGAUCGUCAGUAAUUGUAUAAUAAUUCUGACUUUGCUUUCCAUCAAAGUGAGCAUUUAUAUAGUAUCUGCUUUAGUGAAGACUUGAUGAUAAAGAUGACAUGUAAAUGUAAUAGCUUUAUUGCAGGGCUCUCAUUCUAGUUAUUUUUGCCAGUCUUGAUCGGCCUACAGUGACAUUUACUGCCUGGAGAACUUAUUGUCAGUCAGUUUUAUAUGCCAUGAAAUUAGAAUUCCAAAGGAUUGGACUUUGAAACAAAAUAAAUACAGUUAAAUUUGUAGUUUUCAUGAGUAAAACACUUACAAAUGUAUAUCAAAAUUGAGAUUGUGCUAAAAAAAAAAUGUCACCUUUUUGGGAAAAUGUCAAAAGUGGACUGGAUGAAAGAAAUUGAAGUGAAAGCCGUAUUUUAUUGCUUAGUGCAGUGCUGUGAUUUAUGAUAAAAAAAAAUUGGUAUAUGUAGUUUUUUUUUUUUAAGACAAACAUUUUUCUUUUACAUUAGGUAUAUAAGUGUUUCUAAAUAUUAAGCUGCUUAAGAUUUAUUGGUAUAUUAUAGAUAAGGUUGUAUUAAAGUUAUUGAUCUUCAUUUGAGGUAUUUUGAUUUUCUGGCAAAUUACAAUAUUAUCAAAGUUGAAUCUCUUUAAAGAAUAUCAAUCUAAAAAAACGGUUCAAUUACAUUCCGUAUUUACCAAGAUAUGACAAAAUGAAGUUUUGCAGCCUUCUGCAUUCUAAGUACAGGUAAAAACUUUUGAUGUCAACUUUUAAUCGAAAUCAAGAGAUUAUUUACUAUUGAUAUUUUGGCUUUGUUCUCUUAGAUAAAUGUUAAAUGAUCAUUUUGGCAUGGAUUAGGUUGUGAAGAGAGAGAUUUUGACCUAAAAUUGCAAAUGACAGUCAGAGGCUUUAAUGUAAUUAACAAAUACAUGUGUAAUGGUUUUUGCAGAAUUAUUCACAAACAACCCAUCCUAAUAGUGAUUUUGUAAUGUAAUAUUGAGAAUUUUCAUAAAUUCCCAAAAAUAUAUGCACAUCUUCAAUUUCUGCUGAUAGAUUAUUAGAUAUAGGUAGAUUUAUUACAAGUAAUAGGCUUCAAUUCAUUACUUUUUACCCAGAUUUUGUUCAUAAUGUCAUUUUUAAAUAGUUUGUUGUGAUAUAAAGACCCCUUGAUGAUAAAGACUAUGAAAUGGGCAAGAUUACUGAGUGCUGUAUUAUUAUCUGUGCUAUUUUAAGGUUUAUUAUGUGAUAUAUGUGUUAUUAAACAACAUACAUAACAAAAUCCUAUCCCACUCAGCUGUUCUUAAUUAUGCUCUAGAUUGGUAGUAUAUUGACUUGCAUGUAAUCUUUAGAUUCCUGGUGUUCUCCAAGAAUGUUCCUCAGAAUCUAUGUAUGUUGUGCAGGAUGGAGGGCUUGGGCUUGUCAAGGAAAAGUCUAGAUGACAACACAUUAAAGAUUUGUUGACAGUUGGAAGAAUUCUCAUCAUAGCACACUGCAUCGGGUACGCCUGUCUUUAUUAAGCGUUGAGUGGGAUAAGGUUUAGUAUAUUGUUGUUGUAAUUGUGUAUAUAUGAAAUGAUGUAUUUAAUUUUAUAAGUAUAUUGUAUUAUAUUUUUGUUGCUGGUGUGAACCGAAUGAGAUGUAUGAGGAUGGAUGAAAUGAAUUGAGCGGUAUAAUUAAUUAGUUUUCUGUGGACACCAUGGUAUCGAAAAUUUGCACUCAUUUGUUGAACAAAGUAGACCAAUCAAGAUUAGGCUUUUGUGUAUUGUUUAUAAAUGUUAUCCAACAGUUGGGAAUGGAUUUUAAAUUUAUAAACAUACCUACUCACAAAUUAAUUUAAAUACCAAACCAGAUAGCAAUCCAAUGUGAAUUUUACGUGAAUUUAGGUGACAUGGGGUUGAAAAGUUCUACUUUUCUGCACACGACUAGGCUGAAGAAGACGGAACGUAAGUUUAGGUUAACUUACGACAAUGGUAAAAUUUUGCUGUUAGAUUAACAUCUGAAUGGUUAUGGUUACUGUUUAGUCAAUAAUAUGACGCAACUCUGAUGUUAAUUUCAUGAGCAGUAGCUAACAAAUUUUGGGGGCAUUAAUUAACCAAACCCAACUCUAUUGCCCACAACAAAAGUUCACUUGUAAUUUCAGAUAAUUUGAAAAUAAAUAAUUAUUUAUUAACAAAAAAUAAAGUAUUUACCAUGUUCAGACGUCAGUUUUGAUGUAAAUGGUUGGGAAGUUCAAAUAAUCAGGACAACUAUUUAAAGAAUGUAAAACAAAUUAUCUAUACUGACCAUCAGCUAUUGUUUGUUGAUUUCACUAUAUAAAUAGCAGCAGAACUUUACUAAGAAAUCAAAUACAGUUUUAUUAUACACAGAAGCCUUUAACCCAUGUGUUCAGAAAAUUUACGUGUAGAUGGGAUUGUUUGGAGUUAAAAACUUGGUUCUACAACAAUGUGGCAUCCUCUCAAAAAGGGCAAGAUUUAUGCUUGAGUAAUUUAUUUAGGUUGUGGAUGUGAGAAAAUAUUGAAUGUAUACAAAAAGUUUUUUAUAUCAAGGAUAAAGUUACCUAAGCAGUUGACGAAGUGUGUAAAAUAAAGAAGUGAAGGUAAAAAAUUAUUGGGUAGAUAGACGUUUCGACUACAGAGGUUUUAUAAACAGCUGCUACUAAUAGGGUGUUAACUGGUUAAGGUUAAGAGUCCUCGGUGGCUGAAUCGUCUGACAUUCAAAAUAUUGAGGCAUGUACAUUUACCACAGUUAUUUUAUUUGCCUUCUGUAUCAUGUGACUCCAUAUGCUUAUUUAUAAAUAAAAACUACGUAAAAACAA